AUGUCAACUGAUCAUCUCAUCCAGGUUAUAUUACUACACACAAAGACAUUUGAACUAAAGGAUGUUUAUGAGUCUAAUUUAAUCAAGGUUACUGCAAGUUUGGUUUUAGAUGAUCAAAAGAAGCUCAGAACCAACUUUGAUGAGAUCAUUUCCGUUUCUACAAAUGAAAGAAUCAACUCUACCAAACUAAAUUGGUUAAAUAGCCACAUUUACAAUCUUUUAGAAAUUGGUGUUCCAGCUGUUCUAGAUUUACUGAAAGAAGAUGUCAAUAUUUUACACAAGACCCCAGCCAUAGUUGAAGUAGAUCUAACUUUAUUUUUACACGUUAUGGAAAAAGUUGAUUUGAAAUUUGACAUAUAUCAAAGAUUGAAUGAGAUCAAUGAUGACGUUGCAAAUGACUUCAUAGCCAAUUCGCCUAGUGCGUUGAGUAAUGAAACUCUAGACCUAAUCGACGAAUUAUACUCCAAUUUAUUUCAUUAUUUGGAUUUGGGUAUUCAAAAGAAGCUAGUCAAAGAUCAAAUUGAAGGAAUAUCUGACAAAAACUACCAGAGAAAGGUAUCGAGAGUUUUGUACGACAAUAUAUAUUGUUACUUGAAGGAUUUGGAAUUAUUAGAUCUAUAUAUACCUAUGGUGAAGAGAUUAGAUAAUUCACUUGCUCUUCUUUUACAGUCCCAUAUAGAGUCAUUCAAGAAAAAAAUAGAAGAAUCCGAGGACAAUGCACAAGAAACUGUUGGUAAUGGGGAUAUUACGCAUUUUGAUGAAGGUGAUUUAGCAGUUUUGUCGUUAGGUAGACAACAUGUAUCUCCAAAAGAUCAAUAA